AUGGCUUACCGAGCACAGCCACAAAUCAUAGCGCGCCAUGUCAACAAUUUACUAAAAGCUAAUCUCUUGAAAGAGCCGCCAGUGUGGCUUUCUGCCGUUCAAGCGUAUCCCCCUGGACCCAGUAUCGUUCGUGCUAAAAACCCUGAAGUCAACGUAUCAGGCCAAACAGAAAUCGAACAACAAUUAUUCUCUAAACCACCACCUAAACAGCGAAUUCGUUAUUCAUCAAAACAUGUUCGUACACGUGCACCGAAACCUUUGCCCAUCAUUUAUCCUGAAGAUCGCUUAAGAAGACAGUUUUACAGAGAUCAUCCUUUCGAAUUGUCAAGACCCAAAGUGUUGGUAGAAGAUGAACAUGGUAUCAAUAGAACCGAUUUUAGUAAACUCUUGUUGGAUGGUAUGCAUCCUUCCCAGAUAGACGGUGAAGCGUAA